UUUUGUAAGAGUUAAAGGGUAAAACGGAGAGAGAGGGGCAGAGGAACUUGAGAGCUGCUGGCUGCAGAUGUUCUAUUUAUAAACCUGAAGAACAGAUGAGAUGCCAAACCCUGAACUCCAUUAUGGGGGCCCCUGGUGGGCCUGUCCUGGGUGCCACAGGUCCCACGCUGAACCAUGAUGACUUCUCCUUAUAUAACUACAUGUCUGAUGAUGAACUAAUGCAGUUGGCUAUUGAGCGCAGUCUCUCUGAGACCCACAACAACUCCAUUGCUCCUUCGGCUGAAAACACUAGGACCUUUGUUUCUCAGCGGAGGACGGAGACUCCUAGACCAAAUCCCUGCUCAAGUCAGCCCCAGACAUCCAUACCCGAACCAGAACCCUGUCCUGCAAACCCACCCAGAAAUAACCAUGAGCCUAUAACAUUGAGUCAUUUCAUCACGGGGAACGGGAAGCGCAUGGUGGCCUACAGGAGAUACGACGGCACACUGAUCGAAGUCAAACCCGAGGAAGAAGAAGAAAUGGAUCCUAUGGUGGAGGCCAUCAGGGAUGGAGAUGUUGGAACUUUGAGAGUUCUGAUUAAAAAAGCUGAGUUCAAUCUUCUGACGCCAAAAGAAUACGGCUGGAUUCCACUUCAUGAGGCGGCACAUUACGGUCAGGAGCAGUGCAUUAAAGCUUUACUAAAAGUCCAGCCUGGGAUGAUAAACAAACGCACGUUGAAGGAUCAGACGGCUCUCCUGCUGGCCGUGUCGCGGGAGCACGAGGGGUGUGUGUCGUGUCUGCUAGAGAGAGGUGCAGAUCCAGACAUCGCCAACACGAACAAGGAGACGCCUUUGUAUAAAGCAUGUGAGAAGGAGAACCCCUCCAUCGUGGCCUUGCUGCUGAAUCACGGCGUGGCAGUGAACAGAAGCUGCAUACAAGGCUGGACGGCGCUGCACGAGGCCGUGUGCAAGAACAACGUGGAGAUCUGUGAGAUGUUGGUGAAGGCAGGGGCUAAAAUCAGCAUUCCUAACAUAUACGGCAUCACCCCCUUCUUCGUUGCAGCUCAGACCGGGAAGGUCGAUACGCUCCGCUUCCUCCUGAAGAAUGGUGCUGAUAUUAACAGCCAGGCAGCAGAUGGAGCCACGGCGCUUUAUGAAGCUUCUAAGAAUGGUCAUGUGGAGAUUGUGGAGUUUCUGCUGUCUCAAAAAGCAGACACCAACAAACCGGGAAAAACCGGACUGCUGCCCAUUCACAUUGCAGCUCAGAGAGGAAAUGACCGAAUCGUAUCAAUGCUCAUCCCCGCCACCAGCAAGGCCCGGGUGAGGCGUAGCGGCAUUAGCCCCCUCCACCUCGCCGCCGAGCGCAACCGAGACGAGAUCCUCGAGCUGCUCAUCGACUCCGGCUUUGACGUGAAUGCCAGGCUGUCCGAUGACCGCAGCACGAUGUACGAGGAUCGCCGCAGCACCGCCCUCUACUUCUCUGUGAUGAAUAACAACAUCGAUGCCACCAGCAUGCUGCUGCGGGCCGGAGCUGAUCCCAACCUGGACACCUUCAGUCCCCUGCUUGUAGCCCUGAGGCAGGGCUGCAUACGGACCGUGACCCUGCUGGUGGAAUACGGCGCGAACGUCAACGCCUACAUCCCCACUCACCCCAACCUUCCUGCCACCGUCAUGUUCUGCAUGAAGUACCUCACCCUGCUCAAGUACCUGAUGGACAACGGCUGUGACGCGCUUUCCUGUUUCAGCUGCGUCUACGGUAGUGACCCUCACCCCCCCCUGAAGCCGGAGCAAAGGGAUCGUACACACUUCAGAGACGAUCAGACUACAUCACGUGACACCUGCGUACAGUUCUGUGACAUUGUCUCCACGGACACCUACAGCCACUGGGCAGGACCUAUCAUCGACGUGCUCCUGGAUUAUGUAGGAGACGUGAAGCUCUGUUCUCGGCUCAUCGAACACUUGGACAGUUACCUGGACUGGGCGGAAAUCAAGGAAAAAGCGAUGCCCCCACGGCCGCUCAUGCAGCUCUGCAGACUGAAGAUCCGCCAGAUGAUCGGAAUCCACAGACUGAAGAAAAUCAAAAAGUUGCCCCUUCCUGUGCGUCUGAUCAAAUUCCUGAACCAUGAGGAGCGCAUGCGUGAUUUAUUUUGACCGUAUUGUGUUCGGAACAACACAUGCCCAGAAUUUUCAGUACUAUAAUGUAUUAUGUGUGUAUAUAUUCUUUCAGUUGUUCUGUGUGUGUGUGUGUGUGUGUGUGUGUGUGUGUGUGUGUGUGUGUGUGUGUGUGUGUGUGUGUGUGUGUGUUUGUGUGUGUGUGUGUGACACUUUGAUGAUGUAAUGUUGGACAGACCUGCACUUAGAUAAUUAGACCUUCACUUCUUCACUGGUUUUCAUCAGCAGUGGAUGAAGUACACAAACCAUGUUUUUGUGAAAAUAUGAUGAUUUUGCAAAAUAUCGUUGAGUACAAAGUAAAAUAUUUGAGUUUGAAAUGUAGAAGUUGCAGUAAAAGAUAAUGGAAAUACUUCAGUAAAGUACAGAUACACAAAAAAGGCCAUUUAAAUAAAGUAACCAAUCACAUUUACUUCCUUACUGUCCACCACUGGUUUUAACACAAUCCUAGAGAAAAACAUUAGCACUCUCGUGGGUUCUGUAGAUCUCCAGAAUGAAGAUGGAGGUCUCAGUAGAUCCAUGCUAGCUCUAUAAGGAACCCAAAGGAGGACCUGGAAGUAAACAACGAAUCAACUUCCUCACUGCAUUCUAAUGCAUUACAUGAUACUGAACGUAAUUAAUGUGUAUUAAAUGUUAGAGUGUUUCUAUUCCAGUGUUUGUUUUAGUUUCUAAUAAAUCCUGAAAGCACUGA